ACCGUGGCGGCUUCAGUUUGCCAACGGUGUCUCGCAGUGGAGUCGCUGACCACCGCCGUUCUCGCGUACCUCGACCUUUAUUCAUUAUCGGUAGUACUUAUAUAUAGCACCACUCCCGUGGCUGUUUCCACAAUAUUCAACAAUAUAUGCCUGUAUCUCGCGGUGUGAGAACUCUCUCUCUCUCUGUCUCUCUCUUGCGCAACACCCUCUUCAUACCGGCGAUCAUCCCCGUGCUGAAGAAAUCUGCGUCGAAAGUGAUACGAGAUGGCGCAAUUAGUUCGAACGAUCUACGACGGUUACCGGGACCUGAUGGACAACAAAAGCGACCCAAGAGUCAACGAUUGGUUUCUGAUGAGCAGUCCGUUUCCCACGCUAACGAUUUGCUUGUUUUACGCUUAUUUCGUUAAAGUGCUGGGACCGAAGCUGAUGGAAAAUCGAAAACCCUUCGACCUCAGAAGAAUAAUGUUAUGGUACAAUCUUUUUCAAGUGAUUUUCUCCUCGUGGUUGUUCAGAGAGAGUUUAGUUAGCGGCUGGGGAGGAAAUUACUCUUUCAGAUGUCAACCAGUCGAUUACUCGGACAAUUCGCUCGCGUUGCGUAUGACGAGGGGUUGUUGGUGGUAUUACAUCUCUAAAUUCGUCGAGUUCACGGACACGAUUUUUUUCGUGCUGAGAAAAAAGAAUGAUCACAUUACCACUCUCCACGUCAUUCAUCAUGGCUGCAUGCCAAUGUCCGUUUGGUUCGGAGUCAAAUUUACUCCCGGUGGUCACAGCACUUUCUUCGGUUUCUUGAACACCUUUGUACAUAUCAUAAUGUAUUCGUAUUAUUUCUUGGCGGCGCUGGGACCACGCUUGCAGCCAUUCCUCUGGUGGAAAAAGUACCUGACGACCUUGCAAAUGGUUCAGUUUGUUCUCGUGAUGAUUCACGCGUUUCAGCUACUCUUUAUCGAGUGCAAUUAUCCGAAGGCCUUCGUCUGGUGGAUUGGCAUGCAUGCCAUAAUGUUCUAUUUCCUCUUCCGCGACUUCUACAUCGAAUCGUAUAGAAAGAAGAAAUUAAAUAUCGCGUUGAAAAAGCAAAAAUCGAAGAACAUCGAAGAUGAUAAACAAAAGCAGCAACAGCAACAACAACAAGCGCAAAGCGUACGGGACGACUUCAAAGAUGCUAACAACGCCAACGAAAAUAAUGUUAUUUACGCGAAUCAGUACAAAAUGGCCACUGGCUACAUCUCGGACAGCGGCCUCAGGAAUCGCGUGUUCAUCGACAACCGAGGCUUCGACGAAUGACGAGCCGAUGUUCAAAGAAACUUCAAUCAUUAUCGUUCAUUUGUUCAUCGAUCAUCUACUCGGUAACGAAUUAUCGUGGAUUGUUCUGUUACGUUGUAGCAUUCGUUACAUUAACAACACGACCGAGUAAGAAUUCGAAGUCAAAGUGCGAGCACAUCCGGAAGGUAUCCAAAGAAACACGAGAAGAAGAAAGAAGAGGAACGCGCUAAGUAACAUUCUCUGUAUGAAAUUUUACAAGUCUGAGUCGAACGGUGUCGAUGCUUCGAGAUGGUGUUUAGCACAUUAACAGAGAAUUCUAUCGCAACUUUUUGCGAGCAUUCGCUGAACCGGAGUGCUAAGCGUGUAUAUACGUACCCGAAGACUAAAAAGCAGACUGAAUACUCUCUAAAGUGCAAUCAGUAUAUUCUUCACUGAAAUGCUAUAUUUAUAACUGAUAGUUCAGUUAUAAGUAUAACACUGCAAACAGUAAAAUCUCGCUGAAAGGAACAGUUAGUAGUAGCGACUGUUUCCAUUACUGAUACAUUUUGCGAACACAGACAGUGUUAUUGCAAGAUGCAUGGAAGCUGUUGAUUUUAUCGUCACAAAUGCAAAAAGAUGAAUUUGGUAUAACGUAUAACAAAUUUAUGUAUUGCAGAUUUUUUGUAGUAAAAUCUUACUUCCACUGAUGCAAAUUAGUGAAAAAUAAGGCAGAGUAAUAAAGUGAGAGUAUUUUCGUUGAAAAUCAGUAAAUAUUCACUGAUCGGUGAAAUAAUUCGUUUACUGAUUCAAUCGGAAACAUCUAUACUGAUUCACUUAAAGAGAGUGAAUAAGUGUUGACGGCUCAAAUAAAUUAUGUAACAAGAUUGCCGAAGUAACGAAAAGUUACUCUUGUCAGUUAGAGCGCCAAAUCGAAGUGCAUCGAUUCUUCUGUGAAUUAUUUUCUUUUCCGUAAAGAACGUUCCAAAUUUUCUCGUCGGUUAAAUGAGCGAGUUAUUCUAUUUCAUUUAUGUGCCCGUUGAUAUUCUAUAUGUCGAAAAAAUUUUCAGCGUGUAAUCAGUAUCUGUGAUAGCUACUUCUGGCCUCGAUUAAACAAAAAAAAAAAUGAUAAGGAAUAUCCUCUGAUAAAACUUCGGUAAAUUGUUUCACUGUUCGAUUCAUUUUCUUAGUUAACAAAUGUGAGGGUUGUUUCUCUUUUUACCGUUUCUGACAAUCUUCUAAUUAAAUCCCCUAAAAAAAUUCUACUGUAUGAUGUGUUCGAGUGCAUAUAUGUGUACAUGUUUGGAUAUAAAUAUAAACAGGACUUAUAUCUCAAAACAUAUGCCUCACACAUUUCUCCAGAUUAUUAU